AUGGAGCCAAUCAACGCCUACGCGAGGACCCAAAGGCUCACCAUUUGCGCCAGGAUGCUCAUGUACCGCCCGGAAACGGCUGAGCUGCUGGACUUCGAAAAAAAUGUCGUCGCAGAGGACACCAUCACCCUAAAGCCGCCGUCGAACGACGCCAACGACGCAGCCACCACGGAUGACGCGGUUCCACCGCAGAGCUCGCUCCACAUCGUGCAAAACGGGCAGAAAAUACACGCUAUCGCAGACCUCGAAGAGGUAGCCGAAUACCUCAAAACCUACCCGCUCGCUCUGGUGCUCGCGAAGGUCGUCUGGAGGGAUAAGGGCUGCUUCAUAUGCAAACCGGACGUCGUGAGCGACCACGCUCACACAGGCGCGUGCUACAGGAUCAUCAACUCGCACGUAUAUCGCAGGGCAUUCGGUUGCAAGGCGGCAAACAGGCGCGUAGCUCAUGCGUUAAAGGAAGGGGACAGGAUCAAGCUCGGCAGGGCGACGCUGGUCGUGCGCCACCUCGCGCGCAAGCCCGCCAACUCGCUUUCGUACAUACACGAGUUCAUGGCGCAGCCCACUGAGGAGGGCCGGCAGCCCGAGACCUCACCAGAGCCUGCAGACGAGACCUCACCAGAGGCUGCAGACGAGAUCGCACCAGAGGCUGCAGACGAGACCUCACCAGAGGCUGCAGACGUGACCUCACCAGAGGCUGCAGACGUGACCUCACCGGAACCUGCGGACGAGAUCGCACCGGAUCCUGCAAACGAGACCGCAGCCCCCGAGAAUGCAGAAGAACGCGUACAAGUGGAAGAUAUUGCCGUCGAGACUGUGCAUCGUACGAUAUCCAACGUAUCUACUGUGAUGGGGCCUGACUCGGUCAUUAACACGCAGCGGUCGGUGACGAUGCCGCCAGUACCGAGGGGUGCUUGUGCUGCGCCGGAGCAGGACGCGGACCAAGGCAUGUGCCGCAUAUGCUUAGAGGGCGAAGAGUCGGGCAGUCUGGUAGUGCCCUGCAAGUGCAACGGCUCCAUGAAAUAUGUGCACCUGGCGUGCGUGCGAACGUGGAUACAAGGGAGGCUCAACGUGAAGGACGAGCACGGGCAGCAGCAGCUCGCAUUCUUCCUGAAGAACCUGAAGUGCGAACUGUGCGGGGUCCCGUACCCAUCGUACAUCGAUGUCGACAGCGUCUGGACUGAGUUCCUCGGGAUCGAGGAACCCUCUCCGCCGUACGCCAUCCUGGAGCCAGAAAACGCAAAUCACACCGGGCUGCAUGUAGCGAGCCUGUCCACGGCGUCCGUCAGCAUCGGGCGCAACGGCUCCUCCGACGUUGUGCUGCCGGACAUAUCCGUCUCUCGGUGCCAUGCGAUGAUGCACUACCGGGAGGGGCACUUCGUCAUCGAGGACAAAGGCAGCAAAUUCGGCACCCUGGUACAGCUGGCUGACGCGUACGAAAUACGCGUGGAGGCUGGGACCCCCAUCGCGCUGAAAAUAGGCACCGACGUCCUCUGCAUCGAAGCGAAGAUCAAACGCAGAUUCGGCGAGCUGUGUUGCGCAGGUUACAGCCGCAGAGCCGUAAGCGUAGUGAUUUGA